CUAACAAUCGGAGGCACCGCCGAAAGACCAAUAUUUUUUUUUCGUUUUCCCCCACGAAACCCUGUAGGCACCGCUUGGAUUUCAGGAAGACCCACAUUUUCUCUCAGUUUUCAAGACACCUCUACCUGCGAUUCAUCUCCACGAUUGUAGCACAGAUGGCGGAACUGAAAUUCAACAAGCUUGACGGGCCACUGGGUCAAAAGGUGGACGACCUGUUUGGCGACGACUUGCCCCUUUUAGAAGUUGAGCCUGGCAACAUCCUGGUGCCCCCCAAAUUCCAGAAUUUCGCUGACCGUCUGCUGAACAUGAAAGUUCGCCCUGAUGACGUUUGGCUUGUCGCUUACCCUAGGACAGGUAGUUCGUGGAUGCAAGAGAUGGUCUGGUGCAUCGGAAAUAACCUGAACUUCCAAAGAGCCGCAAAGUUUCUUUGUCUGCGCGCACCGGUUUUUGAACUCUCUGCCAUGCUGAGGCGCGACUCCUCUGGGGUCACUGGCUUGAUCGGCGAAACAAUUGAUCUGGUGGAGCGGAUGCCGUCGCCGCGUUUUAUCAAAUCGUACUUGCCGAAGGAACUGCUGCCGCGACAACUGGAAACUGUCAAGCCUAAAAUUAUCUACAUGUGCCGAAACCCGAAAGAAGUGGCCCCUUCUUACUACGACUUCUGCCGACUAUUUUACGACCUUGAGGGACCUUUCGAGGACUUUUGCGAACUCUUCCUGCAAAACAAAGUACCAAUGGGACCAUUCUGGAAUCACGUUCUUGGCUUCUGGAAAAUCAGGAACGAGCCCAACGUACUUUUCCUGCGCCAAGAGAAAGUCGCAAAGGAUCACGAAUCUACUGUGGACAUGGUUUCUAAAUUUUUGGGCAAGGACCUGACAACCGAGGGGCGAGAAGCCCUCUUGGACCACAUGAGUGACGAGAAAAUCAAAGCCAACCCCUCGAUCAGCGUGCGGCCGAUGCUCGAGUUUCGCAAAAACAUGCUGCCCCGCUCUCGCGCCAGCUCCAGCACCUCAUCGAGUGGUUCGGAAUCGGGUUUGAACCCCAAGCCGGGCAUGUUUGAGGCCAGAUUGACGGAAGACAUGGCCAAGAGGUUCGACGAGUGGGCAAAGAAGAAUUUGGAGGGCACUGGACUUUCAUUCGAUUGAAUGUGAAAUGAGGUGCGCGCUUUGUUUCUGCGGACAAUCUUGGGAGGUGGAUGUUUUUCAGAUAUAAAGGGAUACAUGGGAAAGGCUUAUAAAAUAAAAUUUAUUUAAUUGUUUAGAUCAUCCUAAGCCCAAAACUAAUUUCAAAUGUGAACGGAUAAUUUAUUUGUUUGAUUCAAGUUAUUAGCUAAUUAAAUGAGGGAAGCUUAGAAGUUUUUCGCGUAAAGUAUGGGGCUUAUAGUUAGUUAUUCGUAAUAAAAUCCUAUGCGUGUGCUAAUCUUAAAGAUUUAUCUUAUGUUUAUUUGUGCUAUAUUUGAGCUAAUUUUUACAAAAUUGUUCUGAUUUAUUUUAAAACUUGUUUUUUUUCUCUUUCUUCAUAUAAAAUAAAGGCCUUUUUUUAG